AUGAGGUUCGCUACGUCCCUGGCCAGCCUGGCUACCGCGUCCUCGCUAUUCUCCAGCGUGUCGGCCGGUAUUGUUAUCCCGCGCGACCUGACCAAGGAAGAAGCUGCCGCAAUCGCAGUCGCUGCCCCCCUCGACGUUCUCAAGCGCGCCACUGCCCAGGCCCCCGACUUCUACGUGCCCAAGGAUGUCGGCUGCCCCUCGGACAAGCCUACCAUCAGACGCGCAAACGGCCUGUCGGACCACGAAAAGUCAUGGCUGGAGACGCGCCGCAACAACACCGUCGAUCCCAUGCGCAAGCUCCUGACGCGCAUGAACAUUGAAGGCUUCGAUGUCGACUCUUUCUUCAAGGCCCACAGCAACAAUGCUUCGGCCCUGCCCAACAUCGGUAUUGCCAUUUCCGGUGGAGGCUACCGCGCCCUGAUGAACGGCGCCGGCGCCAUCGCCGCCUUCGACGAGCGUACCACCAAUUCCACAGGCGCUGGUCACCUGGGUGGUCUCUUGCAGUCCGCGACCUAUCUCGCUGGUCUUUCCGGAGGUGGAUGGCUGGUUGGCUCUCUGUUCACCAACAACUUUACCUCUGUGCAAAACAUCCUCGGCACCGACCCCGACGUGUCUGGAUCGCUUUGGCAGUUUGGAAACUCGAUCUUCAAGGGCCCUGAAGAGGGCGGCUUCCAGAUUCUGAACACGGCCCAGUACUACGACCACAUCUACGACCGUGUCCAGGACAAGAACAACGCCGGCUUCGAGACCACCAUUACGGAUUACUGGGGCCGUGCUCUUUCCUAUCAAUUGGUGAACGCUUCCGAGGGAGGCCCAGCCUACACCUUCUCUUCUAUCCAGGAUGACCCAGAUUUCAAAAGCGGCAACACUCCCAUGCCUCUCCUCGUAGCGGACGGACGUGCUCCGGGUGAAACCGUCAUUUCUAGUAACGCCACCAACUACGAGUUCAAUCCCUGGGAGAUGGGUUCUUUUGACCCCACUGUUUUCGGUUUUGCGCCGAUGCGCUACGUUGGCUCUGACUUCGAUGGCGGCGUCAUUUCGUCGAACGGUUCCUGCGUCCGCGGAUUUGACAACGUUGGCUACGUGAUGGGGACGUCGUCCACGCUUUUCAACCAGUUCCUUCUGCGGCUCCACGACUAUUCGAUACCCGACGUUCUGUCGAGCGUUCUUACCAACGUUCUUGAAGACAUUGGCGAAGACAAUGACGAUAUUGCUUCUUGGAGGCCGAAUCCUUUCUAUCACUACAACAACGACACCAACCCGAACGCCAUGACCGAGCGUCUUACCCUUGUGGAUGGCGGAGAGGAUUACCAAAACAUUCCGUUUUCGCCUCUGAUCCAGCCCGCUCGUGACGUCGAUGUUAUCUUUGCUAUAGAUUCUUCGGCCGAUACGUCAGAGCCGGGCGCCAACUGGCCGAAUGGAACCGCUCUUGUUGCCACUUACGAGCGUUCGCUCAACGCCAGCCAGGCCAACGGCACGAUUUUCCCUUCAAUCCCGGACCAGAACACGUUUGUGAACUUGGGGCUCAACAACCGGCCCACUUUCUUCGGCUGCGACAUUUCCAACUAUUCCAGUUCUACCCCGCUGGUCGUCUAUCUUCCUAACACACCCUACGUUUAUCAUUCUAAUGUCUCGACUUUCACCGACUCGUACAACAACAGCGAGCGCAAUGCCAUCAUCGAGAACGGCUACGACAUCGCCACCCGCGGCAACGGCACCGUCGACCAGCAGUGGCCCGUCUGUGUCGGCUGCGCCAUCCUGUCGCGCAGCUUGAACAAGACGAACACGGCAGUUCCGGAAGUGUGCAAUUCGUGCUUCGAGCGCUACUGCUGGAACGGCACUCGUGACUCGAGCGAACCGAAGGCGUACGACCCGGAGGUAUUGCUGACGGAGAUACGGAUCAAGAAUGCGGCAGGCGAGCGGUUGGCGCCCAGCCUCGUGGUCUUGGGAAUGGCGAUGGGUGCUUAUUUCGCGAUGAUGGUGUAAGAGGGGGGAAAGUGCUGAGGUAAGGGAAAAUUAGCGGGUAUUUCAUUGGCGUUGGUGGAGUCGGGGCUCGGGGGUGUUGGGUAGUCAGCCAUCGUCGUGUUGG